AGGUUGAAGUAACACGGGAAAGAAGAGUUCGAUGUGACGUUCGUUGCGAGAGGCGGAAGGCCGUCGAGAUAAAAAUUCGGAGCGCCGCCGCCGAUGCCCGUUUAGGAUUAGCGUCUUCUCCGCCACGGUUUUGGAGAUCUGCGAAAAGUUUCUGGCGGUACCUGAGGUUGUUAUCACCACUGAUACCUUCAACCUCCUCCAGUCGUUUUUUUGUUUCAAGUUUGAAGGAAGUGGGCAGAGACAUCAUUCAUCAUGAGAGUUGAAACCUGCCACUUCUGCAGUCGCCCUGUAUACCCUAGCAAGGGUAUCAGUUUUGUGCGGCUCGAUUCGAAAAUGUUCCGGUUCUGCAGAAGCAAAUGCCACAAGAACUUUAAGAUGAAGCGCCAACCCCGGAAGUUGAAGUGGACCAAGACCAGCAGAGCUGCAAAUGGAAAGGAAAUGAUUGUCGACUCGUCUCUCGUUCUGUCUCAGUUCGCCAAGAAGAGGAACGCCCCCGUCAAGUACGACCGCAACCUCGUGGCCGCUACCGUCAAGGCUAUGGAGAGAGUGGAGGAGAUCCGUCAACGCAGAGAGCGCGCUUUCACCAAGCGCAGAUUGGCAGGCAAGAUCGCUCGGGACCGCAAGCGCGAGGCAGACCGGAGAGUUGUGGCCGAGGGCGAGCACCUUAUCCGCAAGGAACUGCGCGACAGAGAAGAAGGAAUGCCUUUGGUGCAGGAGGGCAAGCAGAACAAGAUCUUCAGCGAGGAGAGGCUCAGACAGAAGAAGAAGACCAGAGUUCUUGUGGAUGGCACAACUCAGGAGGAAAUGGACGUCGAUUAAAGGUUAUGCGCUUUCUUUGUUUCUUUCAGAUACGAUGCCCUGGGUUUUACAAUGGAGUUAGGUUGUUGUGAUAUCUGAUUUGUUUGCUACUAAAAAGAACUGAUUCAUGCCUAGCUAGUGAAUAUUUUUCUACAUGGUUUACGGCUUAUGCCGGUUUUCAUACCUUGUACAAACUUUCUUGUUCCCGUCUAUAGAUCUUUGUCUAAAAGAAACCCACUGAGAUGGUGGCAUAUUUACCCUUCACUGGAGAACAAGUCUUUAUUCACUUUUGCUUGCUAGGCUCCUUGCUCAUCUUU